UCCGUGUUAUUAUCUACAGUUAAGCCCUUUCGGAUACUCUUCUAUACUUCAGUGUACGCGGACAGACGGACGUCGGUUUGUCUCGCUCUCGUGUUCUCGACAACAAGUUUUCACACGAAUUAUCUGUAUUGUUUUCUAUUUACGACCAGAGACUUGCGCCCCAAAAGUUUAUGGUCCGUAUAUCAUCCGUUCCCGCAGCAGCAGCUCAGGUUCAUUGCAACUCCUCGACGUGGUGGUGUAGCCCAACGGGCGUUAUGGGCAACAAGGCGAUGACUUUCACCGAAUCGCAGCUAGAGGAUUACCAGGACUGCACUUUUUUCACCAGGAAGGAAAUACUUAGAGUAUAUAAAAGGUACAGAGCGAUUUGUCCCGAAGUGGUGCCCAAGAAAAUGACCGGUGACGAACCGGUGAAAAUCCGUGUGCCACAAGAACGAAUCGAACAGCUGCCAGAACUUAAGGAGAACCCAUUUAAAGAACGUAUAUGCCAAGUAUUCUCGAAAGAAGGUAAUGGGUCGUUGAGUUUUGAAGAUUUUUUAGACUUGUUGUCUGUGUUCAGCGAACAGGCUCCUAGGCAAAUCAAAGUGUACUACGCCUUUAAGAUUUACGAUUUCGACGACGAUCAUCACAUCGGACCGGCCGACCUCGAACAAGUGCUUAAGCUGUUGACGCGCAGUCAAUUAUCGGCAGAGGAGAUCGUUCAGGUGUGCGAAAAAGUCAUUGAAGAGGCAGAUGUAGACGGCGACGGAAAAUUGUCUUUCAUGGAGUUCGAACACGUUAUWCUCAGGGCACCGGAUUUUUUGGGCACUUUUCACAUCAGAGUGUAAGCAAACGCCACACAUUAAUGACAAUUAAAAAUCACUCGAAAUGUUUACGUUUAAUACUUUUGAUUUUAUUAGUCUAAAAAUAGUAUGUACAAUAAGAAAACUAAGACAUAAUCAAUUGAGCUUUGAGACAUAAAUAUUGAUAAACUAUAGUAUAAUAAUUACAUUUUGGGACAUGCGCUCAAGACUUAAUAAAUAUUUUAAAACGUUUAUAAUAUUGUUUUAUGGUAGGUAAUUGAUACACUUGUUCAAGUGUACAACUAUAAUUUAGAUAACCUAAAUUUACACAAUUUCUUGGGCUGUAGUGAUGUGUUUUACAAUUAAAGGAACAAACAAACAACAUAUGGUAUGAUAAAUUCUCAAAGUAAAAAUAUUUUUCAUUUGUAAAUUUCAUCAAAUACAAAUUCAGGGACUGGAUACAAACAACUUAAGAAACACAAAUGUAAAAACUAAUCAUUAUGUAUUA